AUGACCACCACUCACCUUCCCUCGAACCCCGAGAAUUACUUUGACUUUGUCAUUGUUGGCGGCGGUACUGCAGGAUGUGUUAUUGCCAGUCGUCUCUCUGACUACCUUCCCAACAAGAAGGUCCUCCUGAUCGAGGCUGGUCCCUCGGAUUUCAUGGACAACAGAGUUCUGCUCCUCAAGGACUGGUUGAACCUCCUUGGUGGUGAACUCGAUUAUGAUUACGGCACUACCGAGCAGCCCAUGGGCAACUCCCACAUCCGCCAUUCACGUGCAAAGGUGCUUGGAGGUUGCUCUUCGCACAACACCCUUAUUUCGUUCCGCCCCUUCGAGUACGACUGCAAGCGUUGGGAGGCCCAGGGCUGCAAGGGAUGGAGCUUCAAGACUUUCAUGCGUGUUCUGGACAACAUCAGAAACUCGGUCCAGCCCGUUCACGAGAGACACCGUAACCAGCUCUGCAUUGACUGGAUUGACUCGUGCUCUACUGCCAUGGACAUUCCCGUCAUCCACGACUUCAACAAGGAGAUCAAGUCCAAGGGUGCCUUGAAGCAGGGUGUUGGUUUCUUCUCAGUCUCAUACAACCCCGACAAUGGCCACAGAAGCAGUGCUUCGGUCGCUUACAUUCACCCCAUCCUUCGUGGUGACGAGAAGAGACCCAACUUGACCGUUCUGACCAACGCUUGGGUCAGCAAGGUCAACGUCAAGGGCGACAAGGUCACCGGUAUCAACGUGACCCUCCAGGACGGCUCCAAGCACAUCCUCAACUCCAAGGCCGAGACCAUUCUCUGUGCCGGUGCCGUCGACACUCCCCGUCUCAUGCUCUUGUCUGGUCUCGGACCCAAGCAGCAGCUCGAGGAGCUCAACAUCCCCGUUGUCAAGAACUUGCCCGGUGUUGGAGAGAACUUGCUCGACCACCCCGAGACCAUCAUUAUGUGGGAGUUGAACAAGCCCGUCCCUGCCAACCAGACCACCAUGGACUCUGACGCUGGCAUCUUCCUCCGUCGCGAGGCCCCCGAUGCCAACAACGGAGAUGGCGACAUUGCAGACAUCAUGAUGCACUGCUACCAGAUCCCCUUCUGCCUGAACACUUCUCGUCUCGGCUACGACACCCCCAUCGACGCCUUCUGCAUGACCCCCAACAUNCCCCGNCCCCGCUCGCGCGGCCGCCUCUACCUCACCUCGGCCGACCCCACCAUCAAGCCCGCCCUCGACUUCCGUUACUUCACCGACCCGGAAGGCUACGACGCCGCCACCAUCGUCGCCGGCUUCAGGGCCGCCAGAAAGAUUGCCCAACAAGCGCCCUUCAGCGACUGGAUCAAGAGAGAGGUUGCCCCCGGCCCUGAAGUCACUUCCGACGAGCAGUUGUCCGAGUACGGUCGCAGAGCAGCACAUACAGUCUAUCACCCUGCUGGCACCACCAAGAUGGGUGAUGUGAGCAAGGAUGAGUUUGCGGUUGUGGAUCACCAGUUGAAGGUCAAGGGUCUCCAGGGCAUUAGAAUUGCUGAUGCGGGUGUUUUCCCAGAGAUGCCUACCAUUAACCCCAUGCUUACUGUGUUGGCUAUUGGUGAGCGUGCGGCCGAGAUGAUUGCAGAGGCCCAUGGCUGGAAGGGUAUGGAGAGACAGAAGCUGUAG